GUGUAUGAUGUGAAGUGUGCUCUAAAGAUGAUAUGUGUCAGCCAAUACCUGCACACGCCAACGUCAUCUAGCUAUAACGAGGAUGACAGCUUGCACUUAGCUGACCUCCUGGACCCCAGUAUCAAGGCACAAGUUGCGCAAGAAAGUGGGGAGAACGAGGAAGCAGAAGAGCUUGAAAACGUUCUUCUGUAUGCAACCACUGCAGUAGAACGUGACAUUCUUGCAUAUGUAGGAGGUUUUCUACUGAAGUCCAUCUUGAAAUUCAUUGACGAGUGCAAGGACUGCAAAGCGGCACUGGUAGGAAAUGACGAUAAAUACAGCACUCUCGUUAAGCUUAAAGAAUACGCUCAGGGCGCUGGAAAGCUCAUUCAGCCUAGCCGAGCUGUCAUGGAAGUGCUCACUGAAUGCGAAGAACACUUCAAGGCCUUUGCCGACGAAGACGGAAUUUUGGCGCUAAAAACCCCAUUCGCGAGCAUUUUGAGUGCAUUGCGCAGAUCAGUAACUGUGCGACUGGAGAGCUGCGAAAUCCAUCGUGCACAGGUAGAAAAGUCGCUGCUGGAAAAGUAUGUUAGGACAAGGCUAAAGAUUCAUCUUCGGCAGAAACAGGCACAAAGGGUGAAUGGUCAGUCAAGUAAGACGUGUGCUGCAGUGAACCUUGAGUAGCAGCUUUUUAAAAGGCUCCAAUCCAAUUUAAAAAUUACUGCUUAUGAAAAGAACGCAUUUCUGUGAGCAUACUGUGUUGAAUCUGUCUGUUACUGUGCAAAUGAACAUUCGUGUAGCUGACUUCAUUUGUUCUUUUUGAUGAGCUGUCCUUGUGCAGGAAAUGUGCACGCACCAAUUG